UCUCUGUGUGCGUGUGCGUGUGUGGCAGUAUGUGAUGUGUGAUGUGUGUGUUUGUAUGUCCGUGUGUUCGGUUCAUAUCCAAUCUGCUCGUUGUCGAAAGUGCAAUGGAAACGAAAGCUUCAUAUCCGAAGUGUGAGCUCAACACACGACACUAUGGCAGCUGACGGCAGUUACUAGUAAGAAUUAGUACAUGGCUUAUAUAAAGGUUACAAACAGAACAUUAUGGGUUGGAGUGACCUUACACUCUUUCCCAUCUUGGCACCACUUGGUAACAGCUCAGUUUCCCAAAGCAGUAAUUCCUCCACAAACUUUACAUCUGCCUACAGUGACUCUACACCAACGCCACCACUAUUAACAAUGACUGCUCCUUUCUCAGUAACUGGUUGUACAUCAUGGAAACCAAUCAAUCAUAUUCUCUUCCAGUUGGCUAAUGCUGCUCUCUGUAUUGGUUUAAUGGCCCCAGAUGGCACUUAUGGGGUCCUAUUUCUACAUAGCACAUUUUUACUUGGUUUUCUUCUGUUAUCUGCCUGGUCUUGGGUAAUUCUUUGUGCACCGGACUUCUUUUCUUGGAAUUUUGCUUUUAUGAUAAUAAAUGGAGUCCAGCUUCUUUUAAUAACCUACCGAAUCCGUCCGGUGAAGUUUUGUGAUGAACUUGAAGAAGUCUACAUCAGCGUUUUCCAACCACUGAGAGUUCCAAGAUCACUGUUCAAGAAACUGACACAUGCAGAUUACUGCACUCUAAUGACUCUGUACCAAGGCGAGUGUUAUGCAACACAGUCAAUCACAAAGACAGACAAGUUGGGUUUACUAAUAUCUGGAAUGCUCAGUGUAUACAGUAGCAGGAACUUCCUCCAUCAUAUCUGUCAAGGGCAGUUUAUUGACACUCCGGAAUUUGAGUCAAGUGUAUCUGGUGAAGAGAAGUACCAGGUGUCUAUAGUUGCUGAUACCACAUGUCGUUAUAUUUUCUGGUCACGACACAGUUUAGAAUAUUUAAUGAUCAAGGAACCAUACCUGGCUACUGUUCUUUGUCUCAUAUUUGGCCGUGACAUCACAAAUAAAUUAUAUGCCCUAAAUGAAAAGGUGCUGACCCCACAAGGUUCAAGAAUGGACAUACGUCUGCCAAGUAUUUCAUCGUCAAUCCAUUCUGGUCGAGAUAUUAGAAAGACCAUUGCUGGAAUAAACCAACCAGUUCAAGAAUCCAUUUCUGGUAUCCCUGGAACUACAAAUCUACAGAACGAAAAUGAUGAUGAAGAAGACAUUGACGUGUUCCAAGAAAACGGUGAAAAGGUGGAGCUGCUAAAUGGCCAUGUUAAUAACUGUCGCAAGAAUAUGAACUUGGGACAUUGUUCCAUGAAGUCCUCUAGAACGAGUGAUGUCCGUUUUGAGUUGUAAAUUUGCUUUCACUCAAACUGCAGAUGUAUUCAAAAACGUGUAUCUGUAUGUAUCUAUGUAUAUAUGUAUGCAUAUGUGUAUGUAUGUAUGUAUGUAUGUAAGUAUGUAUAUGUGUCUGUAUAAUGCUCGUUUGUAUAUAC